GUGUGUUUGUGCGCCCUCCUGCUCACCGAAUUUGGAAAUCGGGGUGGAGAGAGAUGCCAUUUUCAGCCGUGCGGGGCUGCGGUGCGGAGCGCGGACGGAGCGGGGCGCUGCUGCUGGUGACCGCGCGCCGGCGAUCACUCUCUUAACGGAGGGAGAGGGGGGGGGGCGCGCGGGGCGGCCGAAGAUGGUGACGGCGAUCGCGCGCGCACCAUGGCGAACGGAGCGGGCACGGUCAUGCUGAAGUGCGUGGUGGUGGGAGACGGCGCCGUGGGCAAAACGUGUCUGCUCAUGAGCUACGCCAACGACGCCUUUCCCGAGGAGUACGUGCCCACCGUGUUCGACCACUACGCAGUGAGUGUCACCGUCGGCGGGAAGCAGUACCUGUUGGGACUGUACGAUACAGCCGGACAGGAAGACUAUGACCGUCUGAGGCCUUUGUCCUACCCCAUGACCGACGUCUUCCUCAUCUGCUUUUCUGUGGUGAACCCAGCCAGCUUUCAGAACGUUCGGGAGGAGUGGGUCCCGGAACUGCAGGAGUACGCUCCCAGCGUCCCGUUUCUGCUCAUUGGCACCCAGAUUGACCUGCGGGACGACCCUAAGACCAUCGCCAAGCUGAACGACAUGAAGGAGAAGCCCAUCGCCACAGAGCAGGGGCAGAAGCUAGCCAAGGAGAUUGGUGCCUGCUGCUACGUGGAGUGCUCGGCGCUGACGCAGAAAGGUCUGAAGGCGGUCUUUGACGAGGCCAUCAUCGCCAUCCUCACCCCGAAGAAGAGUGCUCUGAAGAGGCGGCUGGGGUCCCGCUGCAUCAACUGCUGCCUGAUCACGUGAUGGGGACGCGGGCCAGAGGAGGGCGAGUGGCGAAGCGGGGGGCGCCGGACGAGCGGACGACGAAAACGCAACGCGAAACCCGACCAAACGGCAGAUCCCGGAGAGGCGAGGCGCGUGUGGGAGGCGUCUCCGCUAGAGGAAUCGCGCAGAGAGCCGCACGCUACGAUACGCCGCUCAGCUGAGAAUCCGGCCCAAGUGCUUCGCUUCUCGGACAGCACCCAGGAAGUGAGGAACCGACGCCUUACGGGCGGGAAUCUCAACAGCCAAAGUAGCACAAAGAUACACCCAACGUACGUAACUAAGGACUAAAAGUAGUGGUAUUUUUUAUUGUGUUGGCAUAAAGAAACCUUUCGAUCUUUUUGAGAAGAGCCCUUUACAGACUCCCAGUGGAGAUAUAAAUGCUUAUUUUUGGUGCUUUUCUUUUAAGAGUUUCGCUCAUUUCCUGGGUGUUUCAUGACUUGGAGCAGCACUCCGAAUUUUGACCGAAGGCUUUAUGGUUUUUUUUGAAGCCUCCGCCUCCCUGCAUCUCCUAUAUCUCUUGCCAGGUUGGGAUUUCCUGUUGCGUUCCUUGUCCCCUACACUGCCUUCUUCCUCGUGCCCAUCUGCUUUCUCUUGUGUCAGUUGUUCUCGGUGUCAGAUCCAGGCAGGGGAGGGGGCAGAAAUGACACCCAUUAGGAACCAAUACCGGCCCCUUGGGACCAUGCGAGCGGCCGCGACUGGGGGUCAGGAUCAGGGCCACAGGGGCACAAGACUCCUAGCAGUGCUGGGUAACAUUACUGUGGACUGACAGCACAUCUUUACCCUGUACUUUUACUUCACCUGUUACCCCCCAGCCCUCCCUGCCAGUCUCACAUGCCUGUGAAUUUUGUUUCUUUUUUUUUAAGCAAAACGAGAACACUGAAUUAAAGCUCCCAGCUUUAUUCGAGGAUGAGGAUGUUUUUAAGGCUGCGUGAGCCAUCCUUUUGAAGGUGCUGUGAGCUCAGUUCAGGUAAACGGACCUCACCGCAAAGGUCUAGGACCCGGUUCUUGCCCGGUCACAACGUACUUUGUAUUUCUCCUGCGCUUGGUGGCGCCGGUGUUUUCUGAACUCGUCACUCCUUUUUUUUUUUUCUUCAUUUUUUAACGAGAAUGUGCAGCGCAGUACGUGCGAUUGUUGGAGUGGCUCUCUCACUGUGCAGCAAAAGUAACUAUGAUUUUGUGUCUUUUCUUAAUGUUUUCUUUCCCUAGGAGUCA